AUGGCUACCACCUCCCACAUGUUCAUGUAUGGCCUGACAAUCCAGCCUCCGACUGCCAUUACUCAGGCAGUUCUUGGCCAAUUUGCCGGGACCAAGGAGCAACAGAUCAUCACCGCGUCCGGGUCCAAGCUCAGCAUCCAUCGACCGGACACGAUCGCGUCGAAAGUGAAAACCAUUUAUUCGGAAGAUAUUCGUGGGAUCAUCCGGUCAUUGGCAGUCUUUCGCCUGGCUGGAAGUCAUAAAGAUUACCUGAUCAUCGGCUCCGAUUCCGGGCGUAUUGCCAUUGUCGAAUAUGUGCCUUCUACCAAUCGAUUCAAACAAAUCCAUCUGGAGACCUUCGGCAAAUCUGGCGUCCGUCGUGUCAUCCCUGGUCAAUACCUGGCUGCAGAUCCUAAGGGAAGAGCCUGCAUGAUCGCUUCCACCGAAAAGAACAAGCUGGUCUAUGUUCUAAACCGUAAUUCUCAAGCCGAAGUCACUAUCUCAUCCCCCCUGGAAGCCCAUAAGCAAAACACGAUAGUGUUUGCUAUGACCUCCCUGGAUGUGGGCUAUGAAAAUCCCAUCUUCGCUGCCCUCGAGACAGACCACACCGAGGCGGAUCAAGACCCAAGUGGAAUGGCAUACGAAGAAAUGCAAAAGAUGCUUGUGUACUAUGAACUGGACCUUGGCCUUAAUCACGUCGUUCAAAGCUGGUCAGAGCCAGUUGAUCGAACUGCAAACAUGCUUUUCCAGGUCCCAGGAGGAGCAGAUGGCCCAAGUGGUGUUUUGGUGUGUGCCGAAGACAAUAUCACAUAUCGACACUCGAAUCAGGACCCAUAUCGUGUGGCCAUUCCUCGACGAAUGGGGCCCACUGAGAACCCAGAACGGAAACGAACCAUUGUAUCUGGCGUGAUGCACAGGAUGCGCGGUGCAUUCUUCUUUCUGCUCCAGACUGAGGAUGGUGAUAUCUUCAAAGUGACUGUGGAAAUGGCAGAGAAUAGUGAGGGCCAGUUGACCGGCGAAGUGCAGGGGCUCAAGAUCAAAUAUUUCGACACUGUGCCUGUUGCAUCAAGCUUGGUCAUCUUCAAGAGUGGUUACCUCUAUGUUGCUUGUGAAUCGGGUGACCAACAUCUUUACCAAUUCGAAUCGCUCGGUGAUGAUGAUGAUGAGACGGAGUUCACAAGCGAGCUGGUGGAGGGGGACCCUACUACACCCUAUCAGCCAACUUACUUCCGCCCCCGAGGGCUUGUGAACCUGCAGUUAACUGAAAACAUCAAGUCUCUGAGCCCCUUGAUUGAUACCAAAAUCGCCAAUCUCGCUGACGAGGACGCCCCUCAAAUUUUCUCCAUCUCUGGCUCAGGUGCCCGCAGCUCUUUCCGAACCAUUAAGCAUGGACUGGAGGUGUCAGAGCUUGUCGAGUCCGAGCUCCAGGCCACACCUUCCUUUGUUUGGACGACCAAGUUAACCCAGUCCGACGAAUUUGACCGAUACAUCGUUCUCUCGUUCGCCAAUGGUACGAUUGUCCUGGGUGUUGGGGAGGAGGUGGUGGAAAUGACUGAAGAAGCUGGAUUCCUGCCAAGUGCACCUACCAUCGCUGUCCAACAGCUCGGUGAGGACUCCAUAAUCCAAGUGCACCCUCGCGGUAUUCGCCACCUCUUUCCAGACAACCGGGUAAAUGAAUGGCCGUCCCCGCAACACCGAACUAUCGUUGCUGCUUCCACGAAUUCUCAACAAGUUGUGGUGGCUCUUAGCUCCGGCGAAAUUGUCUACUUUGAGUUGGAUGCCGACGGAUCUCUGGCCGAAUAUGACGAAAGAAAGCAGAUGUCAGGCACUGUCACAUGUCUGAGCCUGGGUCAAGUUCCUGAAGGACGACAACGGAGUUCAUUCUUGGCCGUUGGGUGUGACGAUUCCACCGUUCGCAUCCUUAGCCUGGACCCUGGCACAACGCUGGAGAGUAAAUCAAUCCAAGCAUUGACCGCCGCCCCUUCUGCACUCAGCAUUAUGUCCAUGAUUGACUCCAGCUCUGGAGGAACAUCACUGUAUCUCCACAUUGGCCUCCAUUCUGGUGUUUACCUGCGGACCGUCUUGGAUGACGUAACUGGCGAGCUAUCUGAUACUCGAACUCGUUUCCUGGGAGCCAAGCCUGUCAAGCUUACGCAAGUGACAGUGUCAGACCAAACCGCCGUCUUAGCUCUUAGCUCCCGCCCAUGGCUCGGGUACUCUGAUGUCCAAACAAACGGCUUCGUCAUCACCCCCCUGAACUACGAUGCCCUAGAAUACGCGUGGAACUUUACCAGCGAACAAUGCGCCGAGGGAAUGGUUGGCAUCCAAGGCCGACAUUUACGGAUCUUCUCAAUCAAUAGUUUGGGAAACAAUAUGCUGCAAGAGAUCAUUCCCCUGGCUUACACUCCCCGCCGUUUCGUGCAACAUCCCGAGCAGCCUCUAUUUUACGUGAUCGAAUCUGAUAAUAACGUUCUCUCCCCUGCUACUCGGGAGAGACUCACCCAAGCUUCCGAGGCUCAAAAUGGCGAGGCGGAGAGUUUGCCGCCAGCGGAGUUUGGCUAUCCGCGCGGGUCAGGCCACUGGGCAUCGUGCAUCCAAAUCGUGGACCCCCUUUUUUCCAAAGAGGUUGUUUUCACUCUGGAGAUGGAAGAUAAUGAGGCGGCUGUCAGUGUGACUGCCGUGCCAUUCCCUAGUCAGGACGGUGAAACUUUCCUUGCGGUUGGCACGGUCAAAGACAUGGAUGUCAGUGCCCAAUCAUCUGCAGCCAGCUACAUCCACAUCUAUCGAUUCCAUGACGAUGGCCGCAGUCUUGAAUUCAUCCACAAGACCAAGGUCGAAGAUCCUCCUCUUGCACUCCGACCCUUCAAGGGCUAUCUCUUGGCUGGUCUCAGUAGAAUUCUUCGCCUUUACGACUUGGGACUCAAACAACUUCUGCGCAAGUGUCAGGCCCCGGUGGUAAAUACAACGAUUGUCGACAUACAGACCCAGGGUCAUCGUAUUGUCGUGAGCGAUAUCCGUGAGAGUGUGACGUACGUUGUUUACGAACCGCAGGAAAAUUCUCUUAUCCCAUUUGUCAACGAUGCUAUCCCCCGCUGGACGACCUCAACCACCAUGGUUGAUUAUGAAACUGUCGCCGGAGGUGAUAAGUUUGGGAACCUGUGGCUGCUUCGCUGCCCGCAAACGGUGUCAGAAGCCGCUGAUGAAAAUGGAGGCACUCAUAUUAUGCAUGAGCGUGGUUACCUGCAGGGGACUCCUCAUCGCCUGGAUCUGAUGAUCCAUUACUAUGCUCAAGAUAUGCCGACUAGUGUCCACAAAGCUCAGCUGGUCGCUGGUGGCCAAGAUAUCCUCGUUUGGAGUGGAAUCCAGGGAACUAUCGGCAUUCUGGUUCCUUUUGCUAGUCGUGAGGAUGUGGAUUUCUUCCAAAACCUUGCGACCCAACUUGUGUCUCUCAACCCUCCUCUUGCUGGUCGUGACCACCUUGCCUACCGUAGCUACUAUGCACCGGUGAAAAGCGUCAUUGACGGUGAUCUUUGCGAGACCUUUUUCCUCUUGCCUAACGACAAGAAGUUGAUGAUUGCCGGUGAACUCGAUCGAUCCGUGCGUGAGAUCGAGCGGAAGAUUUCGGACAUGCGGACAAGGGUUGCAUACUAA